CCCUCCGCAGCCCGCCCUGGGCAUGCGCCUCCCGCCCGCGCAGGCGCAGCGGGGCGGGCAGGUGACGGGGCAGCGCCGGGGCCGGCGCCAUGGUUUACAUCUCCAACGGACAAGUUUUGGAUAACCAGAGUCGGGCUCCUUGGAGUUUGUCAUCUAUAACAGAUUUCUUGUGGUCAAUAGCAGAUUUUGUGGUUCUGUUUUUCCAGAGCAUUAUUCAACCAGAUUUGAGAAGACGAGGCUACACAGCUUCCUCCUAUUCAGGAUACAAUGAUGGAAGAGGGCCUCCCGCACAUCCUCGCCGUAGGAUGGGUCGAAUAAACAACUGGGGUGGUGGCCCCAGUCCACCACCAAUGGCUGGAGGUGGAUGAGGAAGGUAAAUGCCUGCUGAGGAGGCAGGCAAAAACAUACACAUUUGCAAGAGGAAAGGGAAGAGUUUAGUGGUGGACCAAAUGACUUUGAAUGUUGUGAAUGUGUAUGUCUAACUGGAAACUGUUCUGUGGUACAAGCAGAUUAAUGAAGUUGUACUGGGAACUCCUUCUUUAAGGAUCUGGUGUAACUGAACUACGGUUUUAUUAAAUACAUGUUUACUGUCUAAA